AUGUCUGAGACUAAGGAUCCCUCUUCCCAAGUUCAAGACACAACAAAAGAUACUGCUUCUAACGAGCAGCAAUCCGGUGCGUUUGGCAGUCCCCAGCGAAGUUUAUCGCUUAUCGUCCCCAUUGCAGUCAACUAUGACCAGUCAGUCCCUCGGAGUGGUGUUGUGAAUGAUUCCGGUGAUAUCCUGGACGACGCUGGCAAAACUGUUGGCAAGGUCGCCGACACCGAUAACCUCAAGAACCUCGUAGGCAACACCGUUAACACCGCUGGCGAGGUUGUCGACUCCUCAGGCGAUGUCCUCGGCAAGACUCUGCCCAUAGGACAAGGAAAGCCCGAGGAGGACGAGGAUUCUCACGACGAGGAGAAGAGCGAAUACACAACCCAAUCCAAGGACAAGAAGUCUGGCGGUUUGGGAGACGCAGUCGGCAGCGUUACUGGCGCUGUUGGAGACACCGUUGGAGGAGUCACAGGAGCUGUUGGCGACACAGCUAAGGGUGCCACCGACACCGUCGGUAACACUGUUGGCGGUCCAGCCAAGGACGCCACAGAUGCUGUUGGCGAUACUGCCAAGGGUGCUACCGACACCGUUGGCGACACAACCAAGGGUGCUACCGAUGCUGCUGGCGGCCUUACUUCAGAUGCUACAUCACAAGCAACCGACACCAAGACACCCGCAGAAACCCCCAAGGCACCUGAGGUCAAGGACGAAGAGUCUGAUGUCAAGUCCGAGGUUACAGACCAGAAGGACGACAUCAAGCUUGAGGACCGCGAAGCACCUGCCGAGACUGACGACAAGCUCAAUGAGGUCGCUCCCGAGUCCGAGGAGGCUAAGGAAGCCACCAAGGAUGCUUCUGAGGAGGCCAAGGACAUUCCCGAAGAGGCCAAGGAGGAUGUCAAGUCCAAGGUCGACGAGCAAGACGCUCCCAAGCCUGAAGACGUUGAGGACAAGCUCCAGGAGAAGACUGAGGGUGCUAAGGACGAGGCUCAGUCUGAGGUUCCUGAGGGUGACGUUGCUAAGACUGAGGCUCCUGUCGACGAGGCCGACAAGUCUAAGGCCCCUGGAGAUGACCUGAAGUCUGUUGCCCCUGGUGAGGAGGCUGCUGGCACCGAUGAGGUCCAGGACAAGGCCGCCCAGGGCGAGGAAGCUGCUCAGGACAAGGUCGCUGAAGGCGAGCAGGCUGCUGAAGAUCUCCCCGAAGACGCCAAGAGCAAGGCCGCUGAGGGCGAAGAAGCCACUGAAGGCAAGGUUGCCGAAGGCGAGGAAGUCGCUGGCGACGUCGCCGAUGAGGCCAAGGACAAGGCCGCGGAGGGUGAGGAGGUCGCUGAGGACAAGGCUGCUGAAGGUGAGGAAGCUGCCAAGGAGCCUCUCGACUUCUCCCUCCUCAAGGGCACCACCGUCGACAAGGAGGGCAACCUCGUCAACUCCAAGGGUGACAAGAUUGGCAAGGUUGUUGAAGGUGAGCUCAAGCAGCUCAUCGGCCUCAGCUGCGACGACCAAGGUCAGAUCUGGGACAAGACUGGCAAGCAGCUUGGCAAGGCCGAGCCCAUCCCUGAGUGGGACCGUGAGCAGAAGGACUUCUCCAUUCUCAAGGGCACUACUGUCGAUAAGGAGGGUAACCUUGUGAACGACAAGGGCCACCUCAUCGGACGUGUCAUUGAGGGUGAGAUCAAGCAGCUCAUCGGUCUCUCUGCCGACGACCAAGGCACCAUCUGGGACCGUACCGGCAAGCAAGUCGGUAAGGCCGAGCCUCUCCCUGAAUGGGAGCGUGGUGAGCACAAGGAUUACAGCAUCCUGAAGGGUAUGACUGUUGACAAGAACGGUAUGCUUGUCAACGAGAAGGGUCACCUCUUCGGUAAGGUUGUCGAGGGCGAGAUCAAGCAACUUAUUGGUCUCUCUUCCGACGACCAGGGAACCAUCUGGGACCGCACUGGUAAGGCCGCUGGUAAGGCUGAGCCCCUUCCCGAGUGGGAGCGCGGUGAGCAGAAGGACUUCUCUAUCCUGAAGGGUGCUACUGUCGACAAGGAGGGUAACCUCAACAGCGAGAAGGGCGACACCAUCGGUAAGGUCACUGAGGGCGAGAUCAAGCAGCUCGUUGGCCUCAAGUCCGACGAGAACGGCAAGAUCUGGCGAGACGGCAAGGUCGUCGGCCAGGCUGAGCCUCUUGCUGAGUGGGACCGCGUCCAGAAGAAGGACCGAUCCAUCCUCAAGGGUACCAAGGUCAACAAGGUCGGCAAGCUUGUCGACGCCAACGGUACCGUUCUCGGUAAGGUUGUCGAGGGUGACCUGAAGGAGCUCCUCGGCAAGCGCGCUGAUGAGAACGGUGACAUCUGGAACGACUCCGGAGAGGUCAUCGGCAAGGGUGAGCCCGUCUCUGUCUCCGAGCGUGAGGAGAAGUCCUCCGCUCCCUUCGAGAACUUCCCUGGUGCUACCGUCGAGUCUGACGGCCGUGUCAUGUACCAGGGCGAGCAAGUUGGUGAGGUUAUUGAGGGUAACCCCAAGGAGCUCAAGGGCAGCGAGGUCGACGAGGAUGGUGACAUUCUCGACCGCCGUGGUAACACUGUCGGUAAGGCCAAGCGCUGGGAAGCUCCCGAGGCUGAGGAGGAGAAGCCCGUCGACAAUUCUGCUCUCGCCGGCAAGCGUGUCAACAAGGCCGGUAACCUCGUCAGCGAGUCUGGUGAGAUCUACGGUCGUGUCGUCGAGGGUGAUGUCCAGAAGCUUGUCGGACGCAUGUCUGACCGCGAUGGAAACAUCCGAAGCGAGUCUGGAGACAUCAUUGGCAAGGCCGAGCUUGUCUCUGAGGGCGAGCGUGGUGGCAAGAAGGAUGGUCCUUUCGCCGAGCUCAAGAACUGCACCGUCUCCAAGGACGGUAAGGUUGUGAACCAGGCUGGCGAGACUGUUGGCCGACUUGUCAGUGGUGAUGCUAAGGCUCUUGUCGGUCGCUCUGUUGAUGACGAUGGCGAGAUCGUUGACUCCAACGGUAACGUCAUUGGCAAGGCCGAGCGCUGGGAGGAACCUGAGAAGGAGAAGUCUCACAACCCUCUCGCUGGCCGCAAGGUGAACCGCGAGGGCAACGUUGUCGAUGCUGAUGGCAACAUCAUUGGCAAGCUCACCAGCGGUGAGAUCGUCGACUGCCAGGGUAAGGAGGUUGACGAGGAUGGUGACGUCUUCAACCAGAAGGGCACCGUUGUUGGCCAUGUGACCCUUCUUGAGGAUAUCCCCAAGGAGGAGGAGGAGCCUGAGCCCGAGGGUGAGACUGAGGAGGAGCGCCUCAAGCGCGAGCAAGCUGAGGAGGAAAUCAAGAACGAGAAGGACGAGGCUGAGAAGAACAAGAAGCUUGCUCAGCAGCUCUCCUACCAGAUCGAGCAAACUCUUGAGCGCCUUCGACCCAUCUGCAAGUCCAUCAACGACAAGAUCAGUGCUGCUGAGGCUCAGAAGCCUGAGGACCGUGAUGAGGAGGAACUUGUCCGUCAGGUCAAGCCUCUGAUUGAGGAUGGUGGUAAGCUUCUCACCGAGACCAACGGUAUUAUCCGUGGUCUUGACCCUGAUGGUCGCAUUUCUCGCAACGCCAAGCAGAAGACUUCUGCGGGUGAGGCUACUCCUGAAGAGGCUCACCUCGCCAACCUUCUCAAGGAGCUCUCUACUGAGAUCCAGACUUGUAUCGAUGAGAGCAAGCGCAAGCUUGAGGGUAUGCCUCACGCCAAGAAGGAGAUCAACCCUCUCUGGGGUCUCCUGGCUGAGCCUCUCGCCCAGAUCGUUGCUGCCGUCGGUCUCUUGCUCAGCGGUGUCCUUGGACUCGUUGGCAAGAUUCUCGGCCCCAUCCUUGGCCCUCUGCUGAAUGGUCUUGGUCUUGGUGGCCUCCUUGACGGUCUUCUCGGUGGACUUGGUCUCAAGAAGAUCCUCGGAAGCCUUGGUCUCGGUGACGUGCUUGCUUCUGGCGUGGCCUUUUUGAACGAUGCAACGAUGCGUCUCUUCCUCAUUCGGCAUGGAGAGACAGUCGACAACGUCGCAAACCUCUAUGCCGGCUCACGCGACUCAGCCUUGACUGCCCAUGGUGUUAUGCAAGCUCAACGGCUAGCAUCACACCUCACUGAGCAUGUCACUAUUGAUCGCAUCUUCUCGUCAAACCUCGGUCGCGCGGUUCAUACUGCAAAGGCUAUCAUCGAUGCGCAGAAAUGUGCAGAGGAUCUGAAAUUGGUCCAGGUGCCGGAGCUGAGGGAGAAGGAUUUUGGUACGGGCGAGGGCACCAAGAUUGGGUUGACGAUCAAGCAUGAGGGCUCGGAGACUCCGCAAGCGAUGAGAAAGAGGAUCGAUGCCUUCUUAAACGAGCAUUUGCCUCGACUAUACGAAGACUCGACCGUCUGUAUCGUUGCUCACGGCAUUAUCCUCGGGACUUUCUACAAGGCCCUACGCGACAGGAUUCCUUCCACGUCCGUCGGUCCCGACGCUGAACCAGAAGGUCGCUCAGGAUCUGCUUUUGUGCGACCGGGCUGGAGCAACACCGGGUACCUAGAGGCAAACAUCACGGCCGACGCAUCCACAGAUAAAAAUGUGCAGAUGCGCGUGGUCAAAAUCAACAGCGUCGAACACCUCAAGGGUCUGAGAAAGACUCGAGGCGGAAUUGGCAGCGCCAAGUUCGACGCCAAACAAAAGAUGAUGACCUCGUUCUUCAAGCCUACGUCGCGAAAGCGCAAAGCCGAAGACGAGGACAUCGCUUCACAAUAA